GUCUGUUGCACCGACUUUUUCUUCGAUGAAUUUUGCCGUCAACUUGCGCAUGAUCGCGCCGAUCUGUUGGCACAUCGGUGCCGCCUAUUGAACGCCCGUACGAGCAACAGUCGUGCGAAUGGGCCGACUGCUUACACUUCCAUAAGCUACCCAUCUCCACUCUCUCUUCGAUGGAACGGCAUUCACACCAAUCUACAUCCCAGCCCCAAUAUGUCUCUCGCAAGACGCUUGCAAUCAAGCGCGGGGACUCAGAGACGCUCACUCGAGAGGAUGUUCAAUAUGACCUGCUCUAUUAUAUUUUCUCAAACAACAGUCGAGUAUUCACAGAUGAAUCCCCUGGAAAGCCCCCCUCCAAGGUCAACUUUUGCGACCUCUAUGUCAACGCGUUAUACAAUUCCACCAAGUGCUCUAAGGUCAUGCGGGACAAGAUGCACGAUACCCCCGCAUUCGCCAUCGAGUUUGCCAAGAUAUCUCUUCUUACCAAUGUCGGCAGAAUAAACACUACCAUGGCAUUUUUCCCUGAGAUGAAGACAGCAUUGAGGAGCUAUCAUCCUGUUCCCUCACUGCAGAAAACAGAUGGAAACGUGCAGGACGCACCCAGAAUCAAGAAUUGUCUCAAGGCGGCCUUGCUCCCGGCGGAGCAGAAAACAGCCCCUCCAUCUACUCCAAAUGAUAUCCUUGCCCGCAUCAGGAAUGAACACGUCCCUCCAACGAGUAUUGUCAACCUAAUUUUUGUUUUGACCAAUUACUCGACGUCCCUUUCCCCCCUUCAUUUUGACCCGCCGGUCGAAUUUGUAGACCUUUUCUUACCCAUCAACAUAUCGUCGGUGGCCCGCGCAAAGGCUUUUCUGUGGAUGAUAUUCCACUAUCACGAAGGCCCUCACCUAGCCAACCCCUUUGCGGACGAGUACGCUCUCAGGCAUCCCCAAAAGGUACCAUGGCUUCAGCGCCUCUCUCAAGAAGAGCAGAGACGAGAAAACGUCGAUCCUCCUGAGGAGAUUGAGUGGGGCCGAAAGAUGGCGGCACAACGUAGCCAAUUUCUUCAAGACCUCGUUGCAGGCGUUGAUGUUGAUAGAAGGCAAAGAGUCACCGGUAACUCAUCCCAUUCGCAGGAAACAGAGACUUCGUUCCGCAGGUUCCGGGCGCAGUCUUCUUACGCGAUGGAGGCCAAUCGAGUUGCAACCUUCCAUCAUUACAACCCGUCCGAUCCUCAGGGAAAGACCAAGGCAGGCAGCUUACAUCCCACCGUGAACGCUAGCACACGUAUACGGGAAAGCGUUCGGGAAUACCGGCAAGAGCGUUCGAUGCUUCAACAGGCAUGGCACCGCGUCCAGACCAUCGAUCCCCUCGUUGACUCUGAUGAAGAAGGCCUAGAUGAACACGCGCGAGUCGACUAUCAGCGCCGCCUCCACGUCUUGAACUCGAUUAGGACACCACCUGGAUCGUCGAAUAACCCAAACCCCAAUUAGUAUGUUAUCGUGGCCAAAGUCACAUACAGGUGACUUCAAAUCCCGAUUUGAUACCAAUGACUCUUAGUCAAUCACUGUGUUGUACGAUCCAAGUAAGCCAAUGCAUGUAUCAGUUGUGUGCACAGAAAAAGAAGCACACAUGGGCGCUGUGCUCUACAUAUACACGAGAUACUCGCCUUCUUCUAUUCCAAACGGAUGUCGUGAUCUAUAGAAAUGGCCGUUUCUGCCCCCGCACAUUUAGCCCUCUACGUAUCGUACCUUACAGUAAUAUCUUAUCUUAAUGCUGGGCCCCUCAUGAUCUCCUUUAACAGGUUCAGUGUCCAAGAAAAUAUGGCAAUUCCAUAU